AUGUCUUCCCGAAGUUACGAGAACGCUCCUUCUGGCGAGUUCCAGGAGAACUCCUAUGUCUCUCGCCCUGGUGAAAAGGCAGAGCCCAUUCCCGUGCAGGCCGACUCCGACACGGUGGAGGACCCAACUGAUGCGAACCAUGCGGACACCGAUGCGCAACUCGAGCGCGAUGAUGCCGAUGCCAUCGACAAGAGCAACAUCAUUGAUGAGCGCACGCGUGGCGCGACUAAGCCUGGUGGUACCUACAAGGAACCUGGCGACGAGGAGGGACUGCCAGAUGAUACUGGCCGAAGCUCCAACCGAUAG